UUUGGAAAUAUUGGUCUUAUCAAAAAAUAUAAGAAAUAUAGCGGUGUCUAAUCUUCCAUGUGCACACACUUGUUUAUCCCUAUUUUUUUGUAUAUACUUUUUUAGUUAACAGCAUGAGGCUUGACUUUUCUCUGUCCUUUCAACAAUUCAAUGGCAGACCCAAGAGUUGCAGUUGUUACUGGUUCCAACAAAGGGAUUGGGUUUGAGAUUUGCAGGCAACUAGCUAACAAUGGGAUAACUGUGGUUUUAACUGCGAGAGAUGAAAACAAGGGUCUUGCUGCUGUCCAAAAGCUCAAGACUGAGAAUGGUUUUUCUGAUCAAGCCAUCUCCUUUCACCCUCUUGAUGUCUCCAACCCAGACACCAUCGCUUCUCUUGCUGCUUUUGUCAAGACCCGCUUCGGCAAACUCGAUAUUCUGGUUAAUAAUGCCGGAGUUGGAGGGGCGAAUGUUAAUGUUGAUGUUCUCAAAGCUCAGAUUGCUGAGGCUGGUGCGCCAACUGAUAUUUCCAAGAUAAUGAGUGAUACAUAUGAGAUAGUCGAGGAGUGUGUUAAAACAAACUACUACGGCGUUAAGCGAAUGUGCGAGGCCAUGAUUCCUCUCCUUCAAUCUUCUGAUUCCCCAAGAAUCGUCAGCAUCGCUUCCACCAUGGGAAAGUUAGAGAAUGUUUCAAAUGAAUGGGCAAAAGGAGUGCUGAGUGAUGCUGAGAACCUAACAGAAGAGAAAAUAGAUGAAGUGAUCAAUGAGUACCUCAAGGAUUACAAAGAAGGUGCAUUACAAGUCAAAGGUUGGCCAACAGUGAUGUCUGGAUACAUACUAUCGAAAGCUGCAGUGAUCGCAUUGACACGAGUAUUGGCUAAGCGACACAAAUCGUUCAUCAUCAACAGUGUUUGUCCUGGUUUCGUAAACACAGAAAUCAAUUUCAACACUGGGAUCUUGAGCGUUGAAGAAGGUGCAGCGAGUCCAGUGAAACUGGCUUUGGUCCCUAAUGGAGACCCAUCUGGUCUUUUCUUUGAUCGCGCCAAUGUCUCCAACUUUUGAUUCUUCAAUCUUAUGUGUUCGGUUGGGUGUUGGUUUGUAUAUUUUAUUAUCUCAUCAAUUUAGCAGAAAAUAAAGUGAACUCCAAACUAUAUAUCAACCAAACUUGGUUAUAUUAUAAAGCUUCUUCAAUAUUUAUGUGGUUUUGUAUUCCCAAAAUAAUGUAUUUUUCCUCUUGAAUCCUAUCGGCGUGUUUCCCCA